GUGCUGCAGGUGAGAGUGUCGGGCUGCUGACUCGUCCAGGUGUGUUCCGUCAUGGGUCUCGUGUACUCUGAGCCGGCCUGUCAGUCAGCGUACGACGGAGACGUCCACGCUCUGUAUCACCUCCUCAGAGACGACUCCGACCAGCUGAAUGUUCAGGAUCGGCACAACGGGGACACGCCCCUCAUCGCGGCCUGUCGCCACGGCAACCUGAAGGUGAUCCGGUAUCUGCUGGACAACGGAGCGGACGUCCAUCUGACCAAUGAGAAACAGAGGACGUGUCUUCAUUACGUCUCCAAGAGAGGGUUCACUCUGCUGGAGUACCUCCUGAUCGCCAUCCUGAUGCCCAUCCUGCUGCUGGGCUACUUCCUCAUGUUACAGAAACAGAGGAAGAGUGUUUCUCUGAUGAAGAUGAUGCUGAGUAGCAAUGUGAACAUCGAUGCUGUGGACUAUAAGGGAAACACAGCCCUUCAUCACGUCUGUCAGAAGAAAAGUCACCGUCUGGUUCCUCUGCUGCUGGAGAGGAACGCCGACACCAACGUCCAAAAUAACGACGGAGAAACACCGCUGGACAUCGCCACCAGACUGAAGUUCAAGAAGAUUAUCUACAUGCUGAAGAAGACACAUUGAGAUACAGACAUGAGGACAGAUAGUGAAAUGCGUCAAUGCAGAAAGAUUUCCACCCAAACAAAAUCAACAAAUUAAAAUCGAGGUUUCAGAUAUUUGAAGACUUAUUUUUGACCCUAUAUUGUAUUUAAUAUAUUUAAAUAAUGUCGAAACAUUACUGAUGAUGGAGAACAUAUGCUUUUAUGUCUCUAGUUGUUAAAAUGUCUUCUGAAUGUUUAUUAAACAACAAUGUUAGCCUAGCUUAGCAGAAAGACUCUUUAAGAUGAAACAAAUAAUAAUAAAAGCUGUAAAAGUAUCAGAAGUUGAAUAAAACAAUCUGAACUUCACAUUUGUAGAUAAAAAUGUAUCAUCUUAUACAUUUAAAAUUCAGCUUAUAUUUUUCAAAAUAAACUUUAUCAGUAAAACCUG